CGUCAUAUACGCGCCAACAUGAGUGCGGUGUCUUGCCAGGAUGGCUGCUUGUGAUACUGCCGAGCUAUUUAAAGGAUUAGGAUUGUAGUCUGUUAAGCAACGCUGUAACUUCUGAAAUAUUUACUUUGUGCUAUUUAAAUAAACAUGAAUUCUAAUCUUAAAAGGCUGUCAGUAGGCAAGGCUUGUGUAAAGUCCAGCACACAGACGACUAUCAGCAGAUUCUUCAGCAGUGCAGCCGAUAAAGGCGCAGAGGUCGAUGAGCCAAGGAUUAAGUGUGCUGAUCGCAGUCAGGAAAACAGAGGCAAGAAGAGGCUGCUGUUACCUGACAGAGGUGGUUCCUUAAAGAAAUGCCUUAAAGUUUCUCUUAAUGUGGAAGACUUGGAGAAAGAUGAGAAGCCGACGAGCAGUGCAAGCUCUGAUGCUAGCUCUAAAUUAGAUAAGCAGGGCCCUGCCUCUAAGGCUAGUCUUUCCUGCUCCACACUGGAGAAGCUGCGAGGUUUCAGUUGCCAUGUAAGUAGUGAGAGCAGAGAAGCAUGUCUGAAUGUGAAGAUGGAGGGAUUAGGAGCAGGACAACUAGAAAACACGAUAAGAGAACAUGUCAAGAUGGAGGAGGAUGCUGAAGAAGAGCUGGUUCAUCAAAGCAAACAGGCAGUUGCCUUCAGUCAGUUUGCUAAGGCUAGAGGUGUUUCUGUGUCUAAGAGGAGUCCCCCAGAACCUGCAGGACCUAAUAAGAGGACCAAAAGUAUCUACACUCCCCUUGAGCAGCAGUACAUGGAGAUUAAGGAGCAAUACAAAGACACAGUACUUUGUGUGGAGUGUGGCUACAAGUACAGGUUCUUUGGAGAGGAUGCAGAGAUCGCUGCAAAGGAGCUAAACAUCUUUUGCCAUCUGGAUCAUAACUUCAUGACUGCCAGCAUCCCUACUCAUCGCCUGUUCGUGCAUGUUCGCCGCCUCGUCUCUCAGGGCUACAAAGUAGGAGUUGUAAAACAGACAGAAACCUCAGCAAUCAAAGCCUCCAGUGCCAACAAGAGCUCCCUCUUCACCCGGCAGCUAAGCGCACUUUACACUAAGUCUACACUGGUUGGGGAAGACGUUAACCCCUUGAUGAAGCUAGGGGACUUGGAGCAAGCAGAAGAUGCAGUGCAGGACACAGCCAGCAGCUGCCUGAUGUGUGUGAGUGAGAGCUGGGAGAAACAGAGCAAGGAGCUGACUGUGGGAUUGGUGGUGGUGCAGCCCAGCAUCGGUGAUGUGAUGGUGGACUGUUUCAUAGAUAACGCAUCUCACUCAGAGCUAGAAGCCAGAGUUCUGAAGAUCCAACCUGUAGAGAUCCUGGUACCCUCCAACCUGUCUGAGACCACCGAGCGCCUGCUGCGCACCAUCGCUCUGGCCAGUGUCCAGGCAGACGAUCGCAUUCGUAUCGAGAAGCGAGACAGCACCCAGUUUGAAUACCCCACUGCCAUGGUGACAGUCACCAACUUGUACGGCAGCGUGACUCGUCAGACAGCAGAAGAUCAAGAAAAGGGUUCCUCUCCAUUCUAUUUAAACUUAGAGAGCCAGAUUAUCUGCUGUUUGGGGCCCGUGAUCCAGUAUCUGACUGAAUUUAAGCUGGAGAGGGUUCUGCUCUGUUCCAGUUCCUUGAAGAGGCUGUCGAGCGAUGCAGAGCACAUGACACUGAGUGUUACUACCCUGAAGAACCUGGAGAUCUUUUGUAACCAGACCACAGGCACAGUGAAAGGCAGUCUCCUCUGGGUUCUGGAUCAUACACGCACUCCAUUUGGGAAGAGACUGCUAAAGAAAUGGGUCAGCCAACCCCUAAAGUCUCCAUUUGAAAUCCUGUUACGCCAGGAAGCCGUGGCAGAAAUCCUGUCCUCCGAGUCGGUUGUAGUGCCCUCCAUCCAGAAUCUGCUCACUCGACUGCCAGACCUGGAGAGAGGUCUCUGCAGCAUUUAUCAUAAGAAGUGUUCCACUCAGGAGUUUUACCUCAUCAGCAGCACGCUGUCUCGCCUGAGUGCAGAACUUCAAGCCCUCGUACCUGCCAUCCAAUCACAGCUGAGCUCCGCCCUCCUAAAGAGCCUGCUCCUGGACACGCCCCAACUCCUCAGCCCUGCCCUCAAUUUCCUCAAAGUGCUCAAUGAAAAGGCUGCCAAGGCUGGGAAUAAAACUGAGCUUUUUGAAGACCUGACUGAUUUUCCUGUAAUUAAGGAAAGAAAAGAUGAGAUUCAGGCUGUUCUCUUAGAAAUUAUGGAACAUCGGCGAGAAUUACGCAUCGUUCUUCGAAACCCGUCACUGGAUUACACCACUGUGUCUGGACAAGAGUUUCUCAUUGAGGUGAAGAACAGCAUGUCCUCCAUUGUCCCUUCAGACUGGGUCAAAAUUAGCAGUACCAAACUGGUGGGUCGUUACCAUUCUCCCUUCAUUGUGGAAAAAUACCAGCAUCUGUUGCGGCUGCGUGAGCAGCUGGUUAUAGACUGCGGCAGAGAAUGGAUCAGCUUCCUCCAGCUAUUUGGGGAUCAUUACUACAUCCUGAAGAAAGCAGUGGGUUACCUAGCAACCGUUGACUGCCUCUUUUCAUUGGCUCAGGUUGCUAAAGACAACAAUUACUGCAGGCCAAAGGUUCUGGAGCAGGAGGGCCACAUAGUGAUCCGAGAAGGCAGGCAUCCAGUCAUCAACAUGCUGAUGGCGGAGCAGGAUCAGUAUGUGCCCAAUGACACUGAUCUUCAGGGUGGGGGCAAGCGAGCCAUGAUCAUCACUGGACCCAACAUGGGGGGAAAGAGCUCAUAUAUUCGCCAGGUGGCUCUUCUCACCAUCAUGGCCCAGCUGGGAUCCUUUGUGCCAGCCAGUGAGGCAUCAUUUGGCAUUGUGGAUGGCAUUUUUACAAGGAUGGGAGCUUCAGAUAACAUCUCAAGAGGUCGAAGUACCUUCAUGGAGGAGCUUGUUGAGGCCUCAGAGAUCCUGUCUCGUGCCACGUCACGUUCUCUAGUGAUCCUGGAUGAGCUCGGCCGUGGCACCAGCACACAUGAUGGAAUCGCCAUCGCCUACGCCACCCUGGAGUUCUUAAUCAGAGACAUGAGGUGUCUGACCCUGUUUGUGACCCACUACCCUCCACUGUGUGAGCUUGAGAAGCUCUAUCCUUGUCACGUUGGGAACUACCACAUGGCCUUCCUGCUCAACGAGCCAGAGACUGAAGCUGAAGGGGAGGAGGUGCAACCAGAGUUCAUCACUUUCCUCUAUCAGCUGACGGAGGGAGCAGCAGCUCGGAGCUACGGGCUGAACGUGGCACGGCUGGCUGAAAUCCCCCAGAGCAUCCUCACAUCUGCUACGCUCAAGUCCAAAGAGCUGGAGGCCAUCGUCAACAGCCGCAGGAAAACUGUGAAGCUGCUUACUGACGCUUGGAAAAUCACUAACAGGGAAUCAUUACUCGAGUGGAAAAAAGUCAUACAUUAAUAAUGUGUGUGUGUGUAAGAGAAGUGAUGCUGCGGUAGACCUUAUAAACCACACUUUAUACUAAUCUACACACGCUAAUGAGUUUAGUACAUAUUUCCCUUUUUAUGUCUGUACUUUUACGCAUCAUGAUUAAUUCAGAAAGUUCAGAAACUCAGAGUUUCAAGGUGCUAUCUUACAGUUUGCAUUCCUCAGCAAAAUCUGAAAAUGUAUACAGAAAAAUGAUGUAUAGAUUUCACAAUGCUGUUGUGUGAUGAACCAAAAUGAUUAAAGCAGAAAUC